ACGGUGGUAAACGUGUUGUUUCUCAAAUUCCGGUGUUAUGACCGACUUUUUUAGCACUUCGUGAACCUCACUCUUGGCGUUUUGCAAUUCCUGAAAAAUAUCAAGUUUCUGUUUUCUCUUUUUGUGUCCACCACUCCAACCCAUUUCACCGGAAAACGAUUCUAGUGAACUACUCUUCUUGUCGUUUUUACGAAGGGGCGCGGCGUGAGUGGCAGGAGGAUACUCUUCCAGAACCUGAAAAAGUGGGUGAAAAAAACAUCACCAAACUUGGAAAUGUUACUUUCGCCACUAAUUGAGAGCUCAUUCGCACUCAAAGAACCCUUAUUGUCAUUUAUGAAGUCCAUUUUUGGACAGAAAUAACGAUUUUUGGCUCUACUUAAACUGACAUAUGUUGCAUCGUCUAACCUCACUUUUUUAACCAAACUUUUACACAAUUCAAACGAAAUAAAUAAAAGAAGAAAAAUUAAUAAUUUAUUCAAAGCUUCACAAACAACCAACUAACAGUAAUAAAAUAUUUAUUUAUUAAUUUUUAAUAAUAAAAAUGUAACAAUUUUGAAAAUCAAGCAACACAGAAAAAAUACUGCCAACGUUACGGGAAAAAUCACUAGAAUGUGCAAAAAUCAAAUGGCGUUGAACGCGUUUUUUGCUCUUAAAAAAUUGUUUAAAUGUGUUAGAGAAGUGUGAAAAGUGAUUGAAAAAUCGUUAAAAACCUCGUGUUGGAAGCACAAAACCCGAAAAAAGUGUUGGUUUAGUGUUGCUAAAGGGAAAAUUUGAAUUUGAAAUUGCAUAAGGACCGACAUAUUUUUCCCCAAAAAUCGUAAUUUUCGUUAAAAUUCGUGAAUUAUUCAUUUAAUUAACCAUUUGGUUAUUUAAAAGUGUGAGGUCAUUGGUGAGAAAGGCACCAUGACCAUGAACUGAAUACCCAAAUUAGGUUAUUUCCACAUCUUGGAGCUUGUCAUUCGAAUUAUUGUAAAAAUGGUAUAGUGAAACUGUAUUAAAUUCGAAGAUAAGGGAACGAUUAGCAAGCGUAAUGAGUGAUUUUAAACCACGGUUCCUAAAACCAUCAGAAACUUCAAGCUUCCUGGAUAGAAACGAUUCUUCACUCGCCGACUCAACAGAUUUUAUAUUCAACAGACAUCUGUCGCAGUCAAUUCAAACACAGAGACAAAAAUUGCCCAUUUUUAAUAAUAGAAAUCAUAUUUUGUUCCUGCUUGAGAAAUACCAGACGCUGGUGUUGGUUGGGGAGACAGGCUGUGGGAAGAGCACGCAAGUACCGCAGUAUAUGAUUGAAGCUGGAUGGCCUGGACAAGUUGGAAUAUGUGAAUCGCGACGAGUUGCUGCAAUUUCAUUAGCAAAUCGAGUGGCUGAUGAAACUGGAAGUUUAGUACAGGAAGAUGUAGUCGGCUAUGCUGUCAAAUUUGAUGCUUGUGUCAAACAACCGAAAAUCAAGUACAUGACUGAAGGGAUUUUAUUACGUGAAAUGAUGUCAGAUCCUUUACUUAAAUCAUAUUCGGCGAUUAUGUUAGAUGAAGUACACGAACGCACUCUAUACACCGAUAUUUUAAUGGGGCUCAUGAAAAAAAUAUUGAGGAAAAGACCCGAAUUGAGACUUAUCGUCGCCUCUGCAACCAUGGAUGCCAAAGAAUUAUUUGAAUUUUUCAAUAAUAAAGACAGAAAUAAAGAUUCGGCCGUGAUAAUGACUGUGAAGGGGCGCCAAUUCCCGGUCAAUAUUUUUUACACAAAAGAACCUGUUCCUUGUUACGUGCAAAAAUCCGUGGACACCGUCUUGAAAAUUAACUCAUCGAAAGAAAGUGGCGACAUUUUGGUAUUUUUAACUGGUCAAGAAGAGGUGGAUCGUGCUGUGCGUCUGUUAAAAGAGCACGCAAAUAACAUCGAACAAGCGAAGAAAAAAGAAUUAAUGUUUGUUUUGCCAAUGUAUGGGUCUUUACCCUAUCACGAACAAUUAAAAGUGUUUAAAUCAGCCCCUGAUGGGUAUAGAAAAGUUGUAGUUGCGACAAACGUUGCAGAAACAUCGGUAACAAUUCCUGGAAUAGUUCAUGUUAUUGAUUGUGGUUUUGUCAAAAUGCGUUGGUUUAACACUGAAACACACACUGAUAGUUUGAUUACGGUGCCAGUUAGUAGGGCUUCAGCUGAUCAAAGGGCCGGUCGUGCUGGUCGAAUGAAACCAGGACAUGUCUAUCGACUUUAUACUGAAGAAUCUGCAUCGAAAUUAGCUGAAAAUAUACCACCUGAAAUAAUAAGAACUAAAUUAACGUUUGCUGUUUUGCAAUUGAAAGCUUUGGGGAUUAGUAACAUUUUAAAAUUUAAAUUUCCAAGUCCGCCACCUGUUCAGAAUUUGAAAAGUGCACUUGAGAUUUUGUAUGCUUUAGGGGCUAUUGACAUAAAUGGCGAAUUGACGAAGCCUUUGGGGUUUCACAUGGCCGAAUUCGCCUUGGAUCCGCUCUAUUCCAAAGUGCUUUUGAGUUCAGGUGAUUUUGGAUGUUCGGAGGAAAUCUUGACGAUCAUUUCAAUGUUGCAAGUCGAGACAGUGUUUACGAAACCCUCAUCGGGGAAUUUUUCUAUCAAAGCUCGGAUUCAAAAACGACUGUUUGAAGUGGAAGAGGGCGAUUUGAUUACGUAUUUGAACGUGUAUAAUGCAUUUGUUAGUAGUGAAAUGUCGAGGGAAUUUUGUCAUAAAAAUUUCAUCAAUUACAAGAGCAUGAAACGAGUCGUUGAAAUCAGAAAUCGAUUAGAAAAAAUGCUUGUUAAUUAUGAUGUUCCAAUUGUUUCGUGUCAAGGUGUUGUUGAAAUUAUUUGCAAGUGUUUGGUGAGUGGACUUUUUCCAAAUGCGGCCUAUUUGCACUAUAGUGGAGUUUAUAAAACGGUGAGAGGAGAUAUUGAAUUGUUUGUACAUCCUGAUAGUGUUCUCUAUACCAUUCCACAACCACAAUGGGUCCUCUUUUGCGAAGUAAUGCACACCACAAAACUCUUUAUGAGAGAUUUAACAGUCAUAAAGAGCGAUUGGUUGUUGGAAUUGGCACCGCAUUUUUAUUAUAAGACCACAUUUAAGGAAUAUUAAUAAUUGAAAACCCUUUUCUCCAUCCUAGACGAGUCACACAUGUUAGUGGAUUUGUAUCGUUGCUAUAGAAACGCACUGAAGUAUAUAUGUAACUAUGGCAACGAAUAUAAUUGACGUUAUCGUUGCUAUAGUAACAAUAGAAAAUUCAGUGGCGGGUAAUAAUUUUUAGGAAUAGUAUAGGAAAUAAAACUAGUUUUAUCUACAA